CUUCGCGCCCGCCUGCAGCUGCGCCCGCGCCGCGUGAGCCCCCGGCCGCGGAGACAUGAGCCCCCGGCGGCCCGACGCACCCGAGGCGCAGCGGCCCGGCCCCGCGGCCCCGUGAUGGGCUCCUGCGUGUCGCGAGAUCUCUUCACAGGUGUCCACAAGGAUUGCCCCAUGCCCCCGGGCACAGGCCCCCUGAGCCCACGGCCCUCCAGCUGCCCACCCACCUUCAUUCCGGACUAUGUCACUGGCAAGGACAAACAGAUGGAUUUCUGUUGGGAUCCUUGGCAGAGAUGCUUCCAGACCACCAACGGCUACCUGUCCGACUCCAGAUCCUGCUCCAGCAGCUACCACGUGGCAGCCCUGGCCACCUCGUCCCUUGUGGGGGUGGUGCAGAGCAUCAAGGACCACAUCACGAAGCCCACGGCCAUGGCGCGUGGCCGCGUGGCCCACCUCAUCGAGUGGAAGGGCUGGAGGGCCCAGCGCUCGGGCUGGGAGCCGUCCCCGGCCGAGGACGAGCACUACUGCUGCCUCCCGGACGAGCUGCGCGAGGCCCGCUUCGCCGCCGGGGUCGCUGAGCAGUUCGCCAUCACAGAGGCCACCCUGAGCGCCUGGUCCUCACUGGACGACGAGGAGCUGCACCCCGAGAACAGCCCCCAGGACGUCAUCCAGCUGCAGGACCUGGACAGCAUCUACCUUCAGGACAGCCUUCGGAGCGGCCCCUCGCAGGACGACAGUCUCCUGGCCUUCUCCUCCCCCGGCCUCUCCCCUGACGGCUGGCCCUCACCCGAGGAGCCCCCCAUCACAGCUGCUGGCCCCCAGCCCCCCAGCCCUGAGCAGCAGCAGCACCGGCCCCGGCUGCCCGGGGGCCCGGGGCCCGAGGGCGGGGCGUGCCUGCAGGGCUCCCUCCCCUCGGUGGACAGCGGCUCCCUCUCGGAGGAGGAGGACGACGUGUUCUAUAACUGAGGCCCAAGCACACCGCCGUCUCGCCUGUGGGCAGCCCAGGCGUCUCAGGACGUGGGGUCAGGCUGGGCCUCUCGACCCUUCGGGGCAGGCACGGGGCGGGGAGGCAGGGGGCGGGGCUGGCACUCGCGUGGACCA